AACCUUAAAUACCACAUUCAACCUUCCAUGGUACCAAGAAACACAAAUGGAACCCACUUGUAGUGGCCAUGAGUUACCCUUGAACGAGAAUGAUUCACAAGAUAUGGUGCUCUAUCAGGUCCUUAACGAAGCCAGCACCAUCGUUGGCUUUGGCGCCACUGCUGUUUCCCGAACUGCCCUCCAACCGACUCGUGUUAUAAGCAAGAGUAAGCACUACAGAGGGGUAAGGCGUCGUCCAUGGGGUAAAUAUGCAGCCGAGAUUCGUGAUUCAAAUAGGCAUGGUGCGAGAGUAUGGUUGGGGACGUUUGAGACGGCUGAGGAUGCGGCGUUGGCUUAUGAUCGGGCUGCGUUUGAAAUGAGAGGUGCUAAGGCGCUUUUGAAUUUUCCAGCCGAGCUGAUGGCAUCCAUGCAGAAGACUAGUCAAGAAUCGAACUUCAAUCGGAACGAUUGGCAAGGAUCAUGUUCGAGCAGUAGUUCUCGUGAGAUAUCGAAUUCAAAAGGUGCACCAGGACCAUCUUGUGAAGGAAAGAUGCUGCAGCUGUUGUGAAGGAAAUAUAUACAUACAUACAUAUAUAUAUAUAUAUAUAUAUAUAUAUUAGUAUAUUUCAUUUGUAGAGGAGCAUGCAUGUUUUAUGAUCUAUGGUUUUUGUUAAGGUUUCAUAUAUAUAUAUAUAUCUCUCUUUUUCUUUCGUUUUUUUCUCUCUUUCUCUCUAUAUGUGUCUGUGUGAGAUGAUGUGCCUUAAAUCCAUGCUUGGUGACCACUUUUCUAUGCUACGCGAGGUGGGCAUCUGCCCAAAUCAUCUCCUAGAGAUCGCAUUGGAAGUAGACCCAAUUGGUACAAAAAGGCGACAAGCAGGGGCGGAUGCAACUAAGAGGGAACCGUGUCUAUAAAAUUUCUGGAUCCGUCAUUGACGACAAGGAUAUGACGUUAAUUUUUAAGUUAUUAUUUGUAUAGGGGGCUCUUUUUGUAUAUCUUCUAUUCUCCUACUUAUCUUUCUCAAGUAUGAACCAAGCUUAUUUCUCCAAUGCUUUUUGAGUUUUAUUUUCUCAAGUGUAACAAUAUUAAAGUGAUAGUGGAUCAGUUUUCGUGUUCCUC